AUGGGUUGGAACAUGAACACGCUCCACCAGACCGCCGUGUUGGCAGGUUUCUUGGUCGCCAGUAGAGUGGUUUCCGCAGAGAACGCCCCCACUGUGGAUCUUGGCUACGCAAUAUACACUGGUAACAGCAAUACCACCAUUGGAGUCAACUCCUUCUACGGCAUCCGUUAUGCUGCGCCGCCGACUGGCGAUCUGCGAUGGAAAGCUCCAGUACCGAUUACGCAGGCGAACAUGUACGGGAGUAACGACUCCAUCGAUGCAACGUCCUGUGGUCCACAAUGUGUACAAGCGACACCCGGUUGGCAGCCAUCUAUCGGUCCAAUUCCAGCUAGCGAAGACUGUCUCUUGCUAAAUGUGUGGACUCCUACCGUGCCUGCAAAGGCAUUACUUCCUGUCGUGGUCAAUAUACAUGGUGGUGGAUACAUUUCAGGCAAUGCUACGACAGAGCCUGGCGAGGCCUUUGUGUCACACUCCAACGGCAGCGUCAUAUACAUCGCUGCUCAGUAUCGGUUGGGAGCGUACGGAUUUUUGCCCGGGUCUGCAGUUGCGGAUGAUGGCGUUUUGAAUGCCGGACUCCUCGAUCAACGUCUGGCAUUAGAAUGGGUCCAGGAGCAUGCACGAGCAUUCGGUGGAGAUUCCAAGCAAGUGACUGUCUGGGGAGGUAGCGCUGGGGGCGGCUCUGUGCUGUAUCAGCUCACGCGGGGCGGUGGUGAGGCCCAUCCUCCAUUUCGCAGUGCAAUACCUGAAUACCUUGGCCUACCGCCACACAAAAACACCACGACUCAGGGUGCGAUAUAUGAAACGCUUCUGAAUGCGGCAGGCUGCGCUUCUCUAGAAUGCCUUCGCCAGCUAUCGUAUGAAGCGUUGAGCAGUGCGACUAAUCAGUCAUACUACGACGCUUUUGAUGCUGGAGUCUAUGGCCACGGGGACUAUUGUUACACCCCCGUGGUCGAUGGAUCUUUUGUUCAAGACCUGCCAUCGAAGCAGCUGGCGGCCGGAAACUACUCAAGGGUUCCUAUUCUGGUAGACACCGACGAGUUUGAAGGCGUUGGCUUCGUCAACUUCUCUGUCAAGACAAAUGACGACAUCAAGGCGGAAUAUGCCCAGUUCUGGCCAGCCGCCACAGAAGACCUUCUCGAUCACCUACUCGAGCUUUAUCCCAGAAGCGAUUAUGGUGCCAACUACAUCGCAUCCAACAACUUCUUCCAGAGUCCGAUCUUUAGUUUCCUCAAGGCGCUCGCCGCAAGCUCCGACGUCAACCUGACCACAGAAUCCGUCGCAUACUAUCAAAAUCAGGCAAUAUUUGGCGACUACGUUAUCCAUUGUCCGAGCCRCUACGUAGCUUCUGCUGCUUUCAACCAGUCUCCCAAAGUGCCAAUCUGGAAAUUACGUUUCAACGCGGGAUACUUUGCCCAUGCAGCAACACGACCUUAUGUGCUUGGCGAUGUUGGCGAUCCGCUGGUAUUCAACGCAACUCUGGCAACCAUUAUGAAAGAUUUUUUCCUGUCCUUCGUCGUCAACCAGGAUCCGAACUUACCAUUGCCUACUCGCCCAGUCUCCGACCGGCCAUGGUUUCCGCAAUACGGAGCUGAGAGYACGGUUCUGCAUGUUAACGAAAGUGUUAUUAGCUAUAUUGCCGAUCCGGAUAGCUCUGCGCGAUGUGAUUUUUUCGCGGCAAAUGCUGAUGUUCUCCGCAAUUGA